AUGCAUGCAAAGAUUUCGGGGGCUACUCCUGGCAAAUAUGAGGAGUCCACCAUAGUUAAGAUGGUAAUAUUAGGAAUUGAAGAUUUCAAAUUGAAAUUGGCAGUAACACCACAUCCAAUCCGGUCUCUGACACAGCUUAUGGAAGUUGUUCAUAACACAGAAAAGGUCAUCCGAGCUAAGAGAGAGUCUAAGCCAAUGAAACCAAAAUCCUGGUUUAACAAAGAACCUGUUGUAGAAAUAAAUAAUGUUUCUUGGAGUUCCUCCGAUGAUGAAGAUAGGCCUUGGGAUAGUGUUAAUGCUGUAGAGAUUAUCGAUUUAAAAGAAUACACAUGUGAAGCGCUACGCAUGCUAGUUGUAUCACAUGUGUAUUCUCAAGGAAUAUCUUCCUCUGGAACUGUUAAAACUUCUGACACAGUUGCAUCCGCAAAAGUUUACUCUUUCGACAUCACCCAACAGGAGGCAAUUUUUGAUGACAUGAUGAAGACAGGCCAUGUACGAUAUAAGAAAGGCUAUUGGCCACUGGAACCAUCUGAAAUUGCAGGGAAAACAUAUUGCAAGUAUCAUAUUUCAUGGACACACUGUACAAAUGAUUGUGUGGUUUUCUGCAAUUACUUGCAGAAGAUGAUUGAUGAAGGAAAAAUCAAAGUAGAUGAUCCUGUUGAUAUGAAUAUUAACCCAUUUCCUACAGAGCAUCCAGUUCGUAUGAUCAAUGUAGGCUUGAAUAGUCACAUACCUGUGGCGUGUAAUACUAUAGUUUGUAUGCAUUGUGAUGCAGUUCUCAGUGGAUUCAAGCAUCAAUUGAUGGAGUUGGAGCAGCGAUUUGGAGGGCAUUACCAUCAACCAAUACCUCGGCAGGAAGUCACUAUUAUGGUAGAUGGACAUCUGCAGACAUGGCCGAAUGAUACGGCUGCUACUCAUAUUCGUCCUCUAUUCAUUUGUGCUACCACGGAUGGUGUUCCCUUGUGGGUCUUAGUCGACAAUGGUGCAGCCAUUAACAUUUUGCCAUUCUCCGCGAUGUUUAUGGAUGAUGCUUCUCUUGACAUUGAGUUAGCACAAGCUGUUAAGAAACGGGAUGCUAUUGAACGAGUUUUGAAGUUUUUUGCUGAUGAACGCAAGUUUAAAGCCGAACACCCAGAGGUCAAUUGGGAAGAUAUGAUUUAUGAUGCAGAUCUAGAAACAGAUAGUGAUGCUAUUGAGCUCAACGAGUUAGCUAUUGUAGUAGACAAAUUAGAGGAUGGCUCUGUCGCCACUAAGGAUCUUUUGAUUACCGUCGAUUUAGCUCUUGGCGAUGAACUCAAGUCUCACUUUGGUACCAUCACAUUUACCAAUGCCAUGGUACAAUUUGCUUCUGAUUAUAUUCCUGCCGUGGAUCCCUCUUGGUGGUAUGACACUGUUAAAUUUCAUUUCCCCGCUUAUCAUGAGCAAGCAUUAGUCCCUACUAACACAGUCCAGCCACAAGUUGAUGUCGGCGAUUGGAGACAUCCUAGUAUCCAGUUCCUUCUUAAUCCAGAUGUGCCGACUGAUAUCCAGACCCGACGCCGGGCUACCCAGUAUAUUGUGCUGGAUGGAGCUCUUUACCGUCAGCUUCUUGGCACUGUUCUCGCGCUUCCUUCAAGUUUGCUUCCAGUGUUGCUUGUUUUGCCCCCAAUUCUUUUGCUUGAGCCGCAAUGGCAGCUGCCUGUUCCACCAGAGUUUUCGCUGUCUUCUCAGCAUCCAGAUGUGCCAUGGCUGAAUGGUUCUUCUGGCAGCUCACUCCCUAGGAUGGUUUCCAGUGCCUGUUUCAGUGAUUGGUGGUACUUCGCAUGGACUUAUUCUGCACUAAUUUUUGACAACCCUUGCAGUUCCCUUAUGGCGGCUCCAACCGAUUGCGCUGCUUUGCCACUGGUUUUGACCACUGCAGUUGUUUCCUCCAUUUUGUGGAACAAACGCUGUUGCAACUCUUCAAUUGUCAGAAUAGCAGGGGUGACACUAGUUUGUUUGGCACUCUUUUGUGACGUCCUGGAGCCAGGUUGCCGUUUGGGUGGCAGAGAGACAUGUUGCAGCCAAUUGAGGCUACGACAGUUGGACAGCCUGCAGCAAGUUCAAGCCAGAUUCAGGGUUCACAAAUUCAUAGUAAAGAAAAUGACGCCAAUGCAGCAUCCGCCUCACCCUAGCCUCCAUCACCGUAGCACUGAUCGUAGCCUGAACAACACUCAGGUCAAUAAUUCCAACCUGAGGAACAAUCCAGAUCAUUCUUCUCCAAUUUCAAGCCGACCUGAGCUCGUAGAUGGAAACAAUAAGUCCCCCAGUACUGAUGAUGGUGGCAGUUCGAAAGGGAAUCAUGCUCAGGAAAAAUCUAAGAAGCGAAAAUCUACAGCAAUAGAGAUACAUGCAGUCAGAAAAACAUUCAUGUAUGUUUCUAAACUGGAGAAAUAUGUUGAUUUGCGCAAGCAGGUAAUGGAGGCGCAGGUUGAGGAGGGGUGUAACUGUAGACGUAAUGAAGAUGAACUUUAUUUUGAAGUUUGUGGAGGUGAGAAGAAUAAAAAGAUCUACGGGCUUGGCUCUCAAGCAGCUUGCUAUUAUCCUUUGAUUGAAUGUGCAAUGGACAAGUGGAGGAGUGGCAUGGAGCUUUUUUGCAAGCAGAAUGGUCUUCAAAUGCCUAAUUUUGAUGCUGAUGAUGAUGAGUCUUUACAAGGGUCAAAAGGUGUGGAAAAUGGUCCAAGUUCAAAUGCUUCUCAUUCUAAUUAUAGUUCGAUAAAUGAUGAUGACCAGAAUCUUGAUUAA